AUGUUUCACCUAGCGUCAUCCUUGUAUACUCAAUACACGAAACGAGAACAAUACAACGUGCUUAUCUUGGGAUUAGACAAUGCCGGUAAAACGUCAUUUUUAGAGCAUAUAAAACUACUAUAUCCAUCAGCAACUGCAUCUCCUUCUGACAAAAAGUCAAAUAGUUUAACAGCUAACAUUAAGAACGAAAACACUGGCGAAUCGAACGACAACAACAAUAACAACAACGCAACUGAGUCCAAUGCACAACGAUCAACAACAUCAAUCUUGAAAUCAAAACGAAUCUUGCCCACAGUGGGUCAGAAUACCACCACGAUCAAAUUUGAAGCUUCGGAUAAACUGUCGCCGUUUGCAUCACAGUUUAAGAAUAUAAAUCUCAAAUUUUGGGAUUUAGGUGGACAACGAUCGUUACGAAAUAUGUGGUCUAGAUAUUUCAAACAAUGCCACGGGAUAAUAUUCAUCAUCGAUUCAACUGAUACUGAGCGAUUUCAAGAAUGUUACGAGACGUUAAUUCAAAUUGCUCAUGACGAUAGUUGGCUCUUGUCAGGAGAGAAUGAUAAUCCAGAGACCAAUGGUGAUUAUGAACGCACGAUAGGAUUAGAUGGAACGGUGAAUGUCCCUAUUUUGAUGCUUGCAAAUAAACAAGACUUACCACAAGCUGUUGAUUUAGUAAGUUUGAAAACUGGUGUGUUUAUUAAAUUAGUUAGUGAGUUGGAAGCUACUGAUUCAAAACUUUUGCCUGUGAGCGUAUUGGAAAAUCAAGGAUUGAAAGAGAGUUUAGAGUGGUUGGUUACACGAUUGAUUUAUAAUAAAGGAAACAAGGUUCCGCAGUAUAGCUAG